UGGCUGCCACGGCACUAUUGCAGUUGCUCUUGCUGGUUGGGAUCCCUGCAAUAGGAGCUCAAUCUCCUGCUGCACAAAACAUAAGGUUAGGCUCUUUUCUCUCUACAAACCCAACUGGUAACAAUUGCAGCCACUGGCUCUCCCCAUCUGGUAACUUUGCCUUUGGUUUUUACCCCCUCCUUAACACCCAAACAUUCUUAGAUGGAAUCUGGCUUCAUAAACUGAAAAAACCCUGGUCUGGUGUGCAACAGAGACUCUGCUCCUCUCUCUACUGGCCACUCCAUCAUCCUAACCACGAGUGGAAGCCUCCUUUUUGAGAAGCCCGAAAUCUAAAGGCCAAGUUGACCGCCCCAUCUCCGAUAAUGCAGUUCCAGCAUCUUUUGCAGCCAUUAGAGACGACGGGCCAAAUUCUCAAUACUGAUGCUCAGCUCUAUUCGAGUGUCUCUGAGACUAACCAUUCAACAGGGAAAUAUAUGCUUAGUAUCAGGGUCUUCAGCUCUACUACCUAGCGCAUGGAAAGAUGACUAGUGUCGGCAUUAAUGAUGCAUAUUGGAGCAGCCAAUUUGGAAGGGGCAGGGAGCAAUCUGACACUGAUUCUUGAACCAGAUGGGCUUGCAUUUCUUUAAUUCAUCUAAUUCGUCAGUAGCUCUCAGUGGUUCAGAUUUUAGAACUUUUCUGUUCAGAGCAACGCUUGGGGUUGACAGGAAUUUUCGCCCUUUCGCUUAUGGUUUGGAGGACCCAAAUGUUACCAUGACCAUGAACUCGAACCCAUGGAGUUGGAUCCCUGAUUCUGACCCAUGCAAAAUUAAAGGAAGAUGUGGCCUGGAUAGCUUUUGUAAGGCUAAUGAUAACUCUUAUAGCUGCAUUUGCCCUUCUGGUUUCGAGUUUAAAGACCCACUAGACUGGUCUCAAGGUUGCGAGAGGAACUUCAGCAUUAUAGAUGAAUGCAGAAGAGAAAGAGGGAAUGGGAAUUUGAGCGUCAUCGAGAUGGAGAGCCUAGAGAUGGUCAAUAAUGCAUACGAGAGUUUGACAUUGAGCCAACAGAGGUGUACACAAGCUUGCUUGGACGAUUGCUCCUGUGCUUUAGUUCUAUUCAUUAACAUGCAGUGUAAGAAACAGGCACUUCCAUUGAAAUACAAGAAGCAGAGUUCAGGCACUUUGUCACAAAAAGCUUUUGUCAAAGUUGGGGGUUUUGAGUCUAACCCAACUCGAUCGCAUAGGCAGCCUCUAUUCUGGGUUACUAUUGUGCUUGCUGCUUGCUCUUUUCUUCUUGUACUAAUUUUCGGCUUUUUUUGUGUUAAAUCGAGGGUCCCGAGAUAUAAAAUGCUUAGGGUAAGGAGCAAUUCUGAUGUAGAGGAUAGCAGUCUGCAAUUGUUUAGUUAUGAGGAGCUCGAGGAGGCCACAGGUGGGUUCCAUGAGAGUUUAGGCAGAGGCGCGUUUGGAGCUGUUUUCAAAGGAGAACUACCUAACGGUGUUAGCAUUGCGGUGAAGAAGCUCCAUGGGAUAAUUGAAGAUGGAGAGAGAGAGUUUCGAUCAGAGUUGAACACCAUUGGGAAGACCCACCAUAAGAAUUUAGCAUGAUUACUCGGCUAUUGUGGCGAAGGCUCUCAUAGGCUUAUUGUUUACCAGUUCAUGAGCAAUGGGUCACUUGCAAAUCUAAUGUUGAAUCCAGAAACAAGGCCAAUUUGGGCAUAGAGAGUGGAAAUUUCUCUAAGUAUUGCUACACUUGCACGAAGAGUGCGACACCCACAUAAUACAUGGCGACAUUAAACCCCAAAACAUACUCUUGGAUCAAAAUUUUACACCCAAAAUAUCAGAUUUUGGACUUGCAAAGCUCAUGGACCCCAAUCAAAUGAGAACCGUUACAGAUUUGAGGGGCACAAGGCGAUACAUUGCUCCAGAAUGGCACAGGAAUUUACCGAUCACUGUGAAAGUUGAUGUGCAUAGCUUUGGGAUCAUGUUGUUGGAGAUCAUAUGUUGCAAAAAGAGAUUGGAGAUGGGUGAAUCAAUCUCUCUUUCUCAACCCAAACCAGUUUCGA